AUGGAUAACGCUAGCCAUUGUUCACGCGAGGGCAGCAGCCAUUGUGUGCCUCAGAAAGCAGUGGUUAUUGGUCUUUAUGGAAUAUCAGGGGUGGGCUCCGCUGUUAUUGCCGAUAUCGUACCUGGUGGACUUGAGGCCUUCCAGUCGCUAGAGGAAGGAGAAAAAGCCUGCUGGCGCAAGCAGGCCAUCGAAACCAUCAGAAGAACGUCGAUCGAGACGAGAAAGAUUGCCGUCGUCACCGGGCAUUUUAUGUUUUACUUGUUCGGAACCUUCCCUAGCCUAGGAACACGGCGUCAUUCGGUUGACUUCACAGUGACUUGUGGUCUGUGGGAGGGGCAACAUGUUUGUGUGCUGUGGCUCCACUAG